AUGCCUUCAGUGCCGACGGCCAACACUUCGGCCCCCGUGGCCUCUGCACCCGUUGACCCAGAACUACAAGCAGAGGCACUGAAGCGUUUCAAUCCCUUAGUGUUUGCCAUAUCCGUGGAGACUCCAAAAAACGUUUGCGUCCCGAGACUCAAUGAAGCCAUUAUGCGAGACCCUGUUUUCGCCAAGUGUCUCUACGUUCUUGACACUGCUACUGCCUCUGCAGCAACCAUCGCCUCCUCCUCGAAGCAACGGAAUACACCAGGUGAUCGUAGAAAGCAGAAUGCUGAAAACGUGAAGUCAGUGGAUGCUCUUCUUUAUGAUGACUACGUACGCUUUGCUGUGGAGAGGGAGGUAAAGCGCCGUGCCGAAUUAAAGGCGCGGGAGGCUGAAAGGGACGCAAUUGCGGCACUUUAUAUUGAGGAUGGCCUCAGCAAGGAAGAGGCUAUUGCCGCUGCUGAGCAGGAGAUGGAGGAGGCAGAGGCUGCUGACGGGGCGUCUAGCGACGAGGGGAACCAUCAUGAGUCUCUGUUCGUUUUUCUUCGCACUUGCCCCCACUCCAUUGAAGAAGUAUUGACACUGAAGGCUGCAGGAGUUUGUCUCCAUGCGGUUAUUUCAAUAUCUAGUCGGGUUCCUCUGAGUGGUUCAGUGGGUGACGACGCUCCACUUCAGCCAUCUCACUCGGCAAAAGGCAGAGCGAGGCGCGAUACAAGGCAACUUAGCAAGCACGGAAAAGAUAAUGCAGCGAAUCAGGCGAAACUUCCAUUGGCUACCGAGCUUAGGAACUACAUUAUGCAAACCAAGCAACCUGAUCCUUGCUUGAAAAACAUAUGCAUACACUCGUUUCAGGUGCCUACUGAGGUCGUUGGGGGAGCGGUCCCCGCGGCCGUUGUACCAACUGCUGCCCCGGCCGAUGGUGGUGUGGAGCCACCCGUCACGUAUAAAUUAAAAGACUCCGAGAGCGCCGUCUUUGGUGAACUCAUUGAUGCCAUCAUGAGGCUUGAAGACCAGUUUAAUUCUUACUCUGAGUGGAAGCGUUCCCGAGUGGAGGCAAACGUGCCUACCUACAUCGCCCUCAAAUACCCUCGUCCAACGGCAACUGCCGCCCAGCCAGUCGAAAAGGAUAGGAGGAGGCCUAGCACUUCCAGGAAGAAGCUGAGCGCCCCACAAACGUCGCAUUCCUCCACAGCGGAGAUGAUCCCUCUUUUUGAUGAUAUUCCAAAGAGCAUGGAAGACGUCACCGCUCAUCGUGAAGUUUACAAGGCAAUGUUUGGAAAACAGAGAGUGGGUACAAUCGACUGGAAGGCGUUUCGUGCCGCCUGCCUUAAGCAGGUGGAAUUCACCUCGACGAUGAUGUCCCCUGAACUUUUGAGUCCAUUCAUCCCUCUUACAAAGAGAGAAGAGCUCGCGAUGCUUCGAAACAAGGAGGAGGCUGCCUCGUUUGUCAGGUAUAUGUUUAGCGCUGUCACACAUGGGGCCCAUGCAGCCUUCCAAAACCGCCUCAGGAGCUAUAAAAUUCCCGUCAACACGAGGACUACCUCCAAGACUACCUUUGAGACGCAGACAACUUCGGUGAGUUCGAUGGAAACGCUCCCCACCAAUGUCGGAUUUAACAUCUUUGAAGAAGUGGAGUCGACAGAAGGCUUGGAAUCGGACGUCCGGGAGGUCAUUGUCAAUACCUUGCAGAAAUCUUUUUCAGUUGACGCGGAACGGGCGAAGCAGUUGGUUUCGGAAGUGAUCGCUGUGGGUGUCGUGACCUCUGCAAAGCAAAGUGAUAUACGGCAGUUUCUAAGGGCUAAUAGGUCUGCAAGCUGGAGGUCUUCACGCUUGAAGAUUGGGGAGUACAACUUAGAGAUUUUCUAUCGUGGAGACCGGACAUGUCGCACUGAAAGCUGUGUGUAUGCUUUUCGUGGAGGCACUACCUUUUCUGAGUAUGUAGACUUACGGGCUCACUGUUCAACUGAAGAGCUGUAUUAUCAUCCGCCUCCUCCUGACAGUGAUGCGGAGGAAUCCAGUGAUGAGGAGGAGCAGGAAGAGGAAGAGGAAGAAGAGGAAGAGGAGGAAGACGAAGACGAUGGAGCUGAAGAUCAUGGUCACUCCAGUGCCACCGAAAGGAGCAAAUUAGAUAAGCCUAGGAAAGGAAAGAGGUCAAAGGAUAGAAAGAAAUCUGUGGAGGAAGAGGAGGUUCCGUCUGUGGACGUUGUUGAUAUUGCUGAGACGGCAUUGCGGCGCCGCUGUGUAUACGAGGACAUUAUGCACCGGAUCAGUGGUGACAAGAACGAGUCAAAAGUACAUCAGGAACUUCUAGUGUCAAGCCAAGGUGCAUGCUGCGUGUCGCAGGAGGUGCAAUGGAUGUUCACGGAAGAUGGUUGCGCUAUUGAGGUGCGCCGGACGGUGGCCAAUACUCGACAUGUUGAUUGCUGUGUAAGUGAUCCUGGUGGUUUGUUGUUCGGCUUCCUCACCGAAGAUGCCCAACCACUAGAGGAAGUUCCCGCAGUGAUACCCUGUGGUCUGCGCUGCUACUUCAUUAUAGUCGAUGUGGUGCAGUUCUUUUUCGAAGUCGUUGCGGACAACUCCGAUGCCGUAUCGCAGAUGAAAUAUGAUUUAGCCGUAAAAGCGGCGAAGGACGAUGCGAAGGCGCACAGGGACAUGCUUGAGAGUAUCAAGCCACCAAAGAACUCUAAGGAGAAGGUUUUUGUUCCGCCGCUAAGCACCCUGGAAGAGGAAUUUAUUUCAAGAGUUCCGGUUCCCGUUAUACGGGGGAGGAGACCCCCGGCUGCGAUGACAACUCUUUUGCUGAAAAAUGGAACAGCGGGAACUUUUAGCGUGGGCGGGAAGUACUUACGUUUUAGCGUGGUGCAGGGGGUCCUCCACACCACCAUAGCAAAUUUAGUUGUUGAUAUUUGGGACACUGACAAGGUGCGUACCGUCAAGGUUAACUAUAUCGAAGCUAUCGAAGUGCUUGCGGAUGGUUGCGCGGUUGUGUACUGCCCAGAGUUGGUAGGGUACCGCCUAUCCCUUGACGUCUUUGGCAACUACGUGACGAUGGACCCUGGUGGCACGUUAGUGCGCGUGGAGGUGUCCGGAAAGCGUACCGUGGUUAUGCCUUCUGGUGAAAUUGUGGACUUGGGGAUGUACAAGGUAGCCUCUACGGUUGAUGUACCCACAGGCAAACAGGUGCUGGUCCGUCAAGAUGGUUUGCAGGUGACCUUAUGGCCAAACGGGCGGCUUGACAGGCUUCUUCAUAGUGCUGGUUUUUCAUGCACGCGGGAUGGUGAGAAGUUUGUUUGGCGCAUCUCCGGGUUUCCAGACAUUUGUGUAACACCGUCGGAGAGUAAAGUGGGUUUCACAUACGACCAUGUGGAGGCUGUUAUGGAUAUCAUUGGACACACUCUACGUGUCCUCCACCACCGUAGUGGAAGCGAGGCACUUCUAGACUGGAAAAGCCACAGGCUACACGUAAAACCGAUGCCUGGUGGAGACAACUAUACCAUUGAUUGUGCCUUUGGCGGGCUCGUUGGGCAUUCCAAAGAUACCGAGUAUUGUGUUUCAACCCUCGGGCGCUGCGGGGAAUCAAGGGAAGAGGUCUUUAAACUCCCAGAAAUUAUCAGUGAAACAUUCUUACAGUUCUUCAACGAAACUUUGCCCGAGUCAGAUAUGGAAACGCCCCGUUGGGUGGCUGAGCAGAAUAUACCUUGUCCCCUCGGCGAGAUGCUGGUUCGUCGAAAGUCGCCGUUGGCGAGGACGACGACGUCAAGUUACAGGAGUUACGCGGAAAACGAAAUCGACAAGUUAGUUCCCUCUGGUGUUGGUCGCACCAAAGAUGUUUUGCGCGCUGUGGUGUGGCGGAAUAGCGAACACUGUAUCAACGACAACGUUUUGUUCUUUGGAAACUUGUGGUUAUCCAAGCUGCUCACGCACCGGCUAAAAGCAUACAUUGAUUUAGCGUACCUUCGCCCACUCGCGUGUGCGGCCCUCGGUGAUAAAACCAUCAAAGAGCGUGUGCUCUUCCUUCAACCACCGAAAGAGGGGUCGACGGCUCGUGGGGCGGGCACACCAUUUCCGAGGUCCAUUUCGGACUUUCUACUCAUUCCUUGUUUACAUUGUUCCUUUUUUCAGAAGGAGGAGCGCGAAAGGGAUGUCCUGCAUGUAGCCGCGUCCCAACCUGAUGUUCCGUUCCGAAUGUCUACAGUGGCGGAGUUGCUGUGCCAUGAGCGUUUGGCAUUAUGUGAGGAGAAGGUGUGGGAGGAAACAAUACGAACUCUGCCUCCGUCUGAAGCAUCAACUCUCGCGCACUGUGAUGAUACUGGUCCCCUUGAACAACUACGUGACCACAGCGUGUGCGAGCCGGAGAGUCAACGCUCUAGCCUCUGUCGUGGCGACAUUAAAACCCAUAAGGGGAGGUUCAAUUACUGGGCUUCCUCUGGCAUCAUCGUUGCUGCAGAGAACGGGGUCCCCGAUGCACGCGGAAUAAACGGCUGUUCAGCGGCUUCUUCUGCUCGCUCCGGUGAGGUGGCUGCCUAUAGUGAGGCAGCGAAGCAGUUGGAGGUGCACGCCGACGACAACCACCCGACUGAGGGAGCAGACUCAAUCAGACCCAACGGUGUGCCAUUCAUGCACACUAGAUUAAUAAAGGAAAUGCCACCUCAGGAGCGAAUCUCUGUGCCAACGCUCUCUGUCACACCAACAGUGCUUGAUUUUGGGCUAGUGGAACCUGGCUACCGCUACGUACUCCCCCUUAUCCUCACGAAUACGUCCACUUACCCGUGUCGUCACCGGAUCACCUUCUGUCCCAGCUUCAAGAAGAUGAUACACGUUAACUACCGGCACCAGUUCUUAGCACCUGGGUUAACCAUCAGGGCGGACGUCGAGCUCCUUGGUACCCAACCACCAGGGCCGAUGAGGGCAUCGCUUUGCGUGGCAUUUGAAACGGGAUCCGUUGAUGUUGAGGUCAGGGCUGAAACCGCGGAACCACGGGAGGAGCAGGAGGAAGAGGAAGAGGAUAAGUUACCACAAAAGCCUCCAGAAGUUCCCAAGCUGCCUGUGGUGUUACUCGGGCCGUCACGAAUCAACACAUUUAUUCCUGCCAGUACCCACCGCUUGCCACUCCACCAUACCGUCGAGUGA